GUGUAGCCUACACAUACACAGCCACUUAUUUUUUACCAUGCAAAUAGCUGCAAGUCUCAUUAAUGUUUGAAGACGGUUAGGGUUUUCACAGCCAGCUUACAGGCUACAGCGAUUCAAAAGACUUCAAGAAUACGAUAAGGCUGAGAAUAAACUCUUCUAACGAGCAAAAUCCAAUCAGAUUUGAACAACGUAAAAAUUAAGAUAAUCAUGUAGGCACACAGCAAAAAAAAAAAAAAAAAAAAGUGAAAGAAAAAAAGCAGAUAUAUUAUGGUCAAAUGUCUUUCUUCGUGGUGGUGAUAAUUAAACAAGAUUUUUAAAUCCGCCACUUAUCAUAGGCUACUAUAUGAGCGGGAAAAAAAAAAAAAAACGAAAUGAAACUUCUUGCUUAACUGGUCAGACUGGUCAUCUAGCUGUGAAUGACUGAGAAGGAAAAGUAGCCUGCCGUACUAGUUGGAUGUAAGAGAAAAAAGUUCGUCAAGAGGGAAAAUUUUGUUUUACUCUUGUUCUUUUGUGCUUAUUCUGUGAUAUUCCUGGCAGAGACCUCAUUUGGGCAAAGGUGAAAUCUUUGAGGUCCGGGAGUCUCUCUGAGGUGAAAUCGCGUCCGGAUCGGAAGGGCACUUCAGUACGACCGAAAGCACACUUUACUAUUAGCGAUUAAAGACAAGUGCACGCCACUGUUCGUCAAAUAAUUAUCAGACGAGUUCAUUGUAAGACAAAAUAUUAAACUACAAGUUAAAAAUCGAGACGGCGGGAUGUUUUGCAUUUCAACGUUGUGACCUAGCCUACUUAGAGAGCUUGAAGAGGCUGGAAGACUAGACUUGUCUAAACCAUUUAAGGCCAGCAAAGACGCUUAGGCAGUUUUUUCAACAAGAAUGUAAAAGAAAUAUCUAAGGAAACACUUAUUUUCAUCAUAUACAAGCAUGUAGCCUACUUCACUUCGGCUGAAAAAAAUAGCCUAAUAUAAAAACCUUACUGACACACAAUGGAGAGGAAGACAUGCUCAUCCCUGAUCCUGUGUUUGUUAAUAUUUGUGAUCAUGGGCUUGGUGGGAUAUAUACACUUUAAAAAGGAAUUGGUGAGCAAACUAACAAAUUAUGUAGAGUUCUCAGAGGCAGAGGUGAGAGAAAAAAAUCUGGAUAUAAAUGAUUACGGUUUAACAGCUGAACACGCACAGAAGGAAUUUGACAAUGUAGACAAGGAGGUCAAGGAACUUCAGGAUGAGGUUGGGAAGUUGAACUCUGCUAAGGAGGAAAAGGACAAAGAAGUUAAAGCAUGCAAGGAUUCAGUGGCGGUGUUGAGUAAUGACGUUGCAGCCGUGGAGAAGGAGAAGAGUGACAUUGAGGGUAAUUUUGGCGGUGAAAAGACAAAAUGGAGUGAAGAAGUGAAUGGUCUUAAACAGAAGCUCCAGAACCAAAGUCCAGUCUGUGCCUUUGUGAAUACCACUGCAGAAGUCCUCAAGGAGGAAUCUACUAUAAGGGAUCUUUGCCCUCAAAUUCAAAUUGCAGUUCAAGUUAAAGUGUGAAAGAAUAACAGCAAUCUGAAUUCAAGACGGAGUUUUAUAGCAGGAAGUCUAAACUAAAAAGAUUUCUUGGAUGAAAUAGAUGACCUAAUUGAAAAAGUAUUUUCUCAAGGGAAAGUCUUGUCUUUUAGACUGGUUAGACAGCUUUAAAAUUAUGGAUUUCUAUUGAACCAUCUGCAUCUCUCCAGUAGCCCUUCUUAUGUAACCUUAAAAUUGUUUUAUAAAGUUACUGAUUCCCUAUUAUAAAUUGGUUGUUAUAUUGUUGGUAAACUGUAAACUGCUUUGGUUAAAAGCAUCUGCUAAAUGAGUAUGUUAAUGUAUGGACAAUCUCCACAGAAAACUGAAGACUACUUUUUUUGGGGUCAGUUUUAUUGUGGGUCUUAAAAACAUUGGAUUUACAUAUAAAAUGAAAGCAUGUAAACAUUUUGAUUAAACAUGAUUGCUUCAGUA